AUGAUGUUCCCCAGCCUGAUCGCGCCUCCCGCCGUCUACCCGAGUCUCCUGCGGCCAACGCCGACCCUCACGCUGCCGCAGUCGCUGCAGUCCGCCUUCUCCGGCCACUCCAGCUUCCUGGUGGAAGACCUCAUCCGCAUCAGCCGGCCAGCCGCUUACCUGCCUCGCAGCGGCGGCGCCCCGCCGCCGGCCAGCCUGUCCCCACCGCCUCUGUCGGGCGCCAGCCCCGCCAGGACAGGCCCGUCAGGACCCUCCUCGGCCGAGCCGGCCAACUCUGACUGCGCUGCGCGACGGGGCUGCUCGGCGCCCGCCUCCGCCUCGCCCGCCAGCGACGCGCCCUUCCUCAAGUUCGGCGUGCACGCCAUCCUGUCGUCGGCGCCCCGAACAGAAACCUCCCACGCGCUGAUGCAGAACGUCCCUCCCAAGACUUUCACUUUCCCGUAUUUCGAAGGAUCCUUCCAACCUUUCAUCAGAUCUUCUUAUUUUCCAGCUUCUUCAUCUGUGGUGCCUAUUCCUGGCACUUUCUCUUGGCCUCUGGCUGCCCGGGGGAAACCACGCAGAGGUAUGCUCCGCAGGGCUGUCUUCUCAGAUGUGCAGCGCAAAGCCCUGGAGAAAAUGUUCCAGAAGCAGAAAUACAUCAGCAAACCAGACAGGAAGAAAUUAGCAGCCAAGCUGGGCUUGAAGGACUCCCAGGUGAAGAUCUGGUUUCAAAACAGGAGGAUGAAGUGGAGAAACUCCAAAGAGAGAGAGCUCCUGUCAUCUGGUGGCUGCCGGGAGCAGACUUUACCUACAAAGUUCAACCCUCACCCAGAUCUCAGUGAUGUAGGCAAGAAAGGUUCUGGAGAGGAGGAGGAAGAAGCAGCCUCACCCCGGUGCCCAGCCAGCCCCAGCCAUUCCUUAACAUAUCACAAGUCCAUAGAUGACCCACGCCUGAGAGACAGGUUGGACUCCCACAUGCUCCCUUCCCCCACCCAUUCCAGCAGCCCCAGCAAACCGUCAGACUUCUCAGACUCCGAGGAAGAGGAUGAAGAGGGGGAGGAGGAUGAAGAAGAGAUCACGGUCUCAUAG